AUGGCUGCUGGGGGAGGCCGUGACGGCGACGGUGCUGCGACGCAGCGAAGGGAAGCUCGGCAGGGCCAAGCUUCCCUUCGCUGCGUCGCUCGGCAGGGCGGCUUCCACGGCGGCUUCCACGUGCAUGUACCCUGCAUGCACGCAGACGCCGCCCUGCCGAGCUUGCCUUCGCUGCGUCGCAGCGUAGCGGGGGACAAGGCCGAGCUGGGCGGCUUCCACGUGCAUGUACCCUGCAUGCACGCAGACGCCGCCCUGCCGAGCUUCCCUUCGCUGCGUCGCAGCGUAGCGGGGGACAAGGCCGAGCUGGUAGAGAUGGCGUUCUACCCUGCAGCCAUGGGGUUGUUCAAGCUGAAGCAGCAGAACUGCGGCCGGAGGGGCCUCUACAAGCUGCAAUUGGCAGUGCGUGAUGUGAACAUCGGCCUGCCAAGAACGAUGCCGCUGCCGAUGGCCGUGACGGCCACCGUGCUGCGGCGCAGCGAGGGAAAGCUGGGCAGGGCGGCUUCGGCGUGCAUGCAGGGCUACAGAAGCCACUUCGAGGACUUCCAUGUUUGCGACCAGAUGGCGGGUCUCGUCGGUGUAUUUGACGGCCACCUGGGCGACGAGGCGGCGGCCUUUUGCGCGGAGAGACUGCCGCUGCAUUUGGCCAAGGCUGCCACGGCCUGCGAGUGGGAGCAGGCCUUCAAGGCCUGCGACGCGGAGCUGCGCGCGCGCCUUCCGGAGACCGAUGCGGGCACCACAGCCACGAUUGUGCGCGUCAAGGAGAACUGCUCCCAGGAUUCUCUGGAGCUCUUGGUGGGAAGUUGUGGAGAUAGUCGCGCUCUCUUAUGGCAGAAGGAGAGCAACACGCUCAUCUCGACACGAGACCAUCGGCCCGACGACCCGGAGGAGCGCAGGAGAAUAGAAGCUGCUGGCGGAGAAGUCACCAAGGACGACCCCCCGCGGGUGGAUGGCCUUUUGUCCUGCAGCCGUGCCCUGGGGGCCUUCGAGCUGAAACAGCAGCAACUUCCGCCGGAGGACCAAAAAGUAUCCUGCAUGCCAGACAUGUACAACUGGCAUGCCAAGCGAGGGGACUGGCUGAUUCUUGCCUGUGAUGGCAUUUGGGACUGCCUUUCGAACCAGCAGGUGGUUGACAAAGUUUGCCGCGGGACCAAUGGGAAAGACCUUGGCAAGACAGUGGAGGAGUUGCUGCAGCUGUGCAUCCGGCGCGAGGCAGAUGACAACCUCACGCUGGUGGCGAUAGAGCUCGGUGCUGUGGAGCCAAAGGAUGAUACAGUUACGAUGAAUGCUGGCGACUUUUUGAAAGCGAGAAGAGAGGAAGUGCCGCGGUACAAUGCAUUUGCGCUGAGAUUUGGCUAUUGCAUCGAGAAGAACACUCAGGAGCAAGGGCCACCUUCCUUGGCACUGGUGAAGACUGAACCGAACCCUCCGGAAAGGAGGUUUCCGGCGUGGCCUUUGCCCACGAAGGCGAGCUCGUCGAGCUCGCCAAAGGUGGCCAUGGCAGAUGCUCCGAAGCCUUUGGUCAUCGUGGGGCCCUCCGGUGUGGGCAAAGGGACACUGAUCAGCAAGAUCAAGGCGAGCUUUACAGGUCACUUCGGCUUUUCGGUGUCGCACACCACUCGGAAGCCAAGACCUGGAGAGGUGGACGGAGAAGCGUACUACUUCGUUGACAUGAGCAAAAUGGAAGAGGAGCUGCAGGUGCCAGGGCGGUUUCUGGAGCACGCAACGGUGCACGGCAACGUCUACGGCACCUCUCAGGCAGCGGUGGAGAAGGUGCGGGAGAAGGGCCAGGUGUGUAUUUUGGACGUCGACGUUCAAGGAGCAGUCCAAAUCAAGAACAUCCACGGGGACUUCAACUACUUGUUCAUUGGGCCGCCAAGUUUGGAUGCACUAGAAAAGAGGCUUCGGGCACGUGGCACGGAGACGGAGGAGAAGAUCCAGACGCGGCUGCGGAAUGCAAAGAGCGAACUCGAAUUCUACGAGCAAAACGCGGACAUGUUCAAUGGUCGCCUGAUCAAUGACGAUCUAGGCUUGGCCACCCGCCGGCUCCAGAACAUGAUGCGGCAAUGGUACCCCCAGUUGGUGCAUGUGGUGGAGGUGACUGGCAACCCGGCAGACCACCUCCAAGCGAUUCGGGAGCACCUCUCCGCAAUGAAGGGGCACAAGGCCCCUGCUGAGAUCCAGAUCUUGGGAGCUGGCAACGACAUGCCCACCGCUGCUGCCGUGUCCGCGGCUCUCCAGCGUGAGGGUCACCGGCUGGUCGCACUGGAGACCUCGACACAGGCCGCCGAGGCGAGCAGCAAGGGAAAGGGCAAGGGCAAGAAGGGCAAGCGCAGGACCUCGUCCGUGCCAGUACUGGACAUCCGGCUCCAGGUGGCCCUGUGA